AAGCUAGAGGCACACACACACACCCAAUGGCCUCCAUUUAUGCUCCAACAAGAUCACUUCUCUUCACCCAUACAACCAAAUGCUUCUUCCGUCCCUUCAAACCCUCUUCUUCUCCCUUUCCUCUCCACUGCGCCACAAAAACCACCUGCAGCACCCUCCAACAACAACCUCGCCGCAACAACAACAAUAACAACGUCAUCGGAAUCCUCGAAGAGCGUGGUCUGGUCGAGUCCAUCACCAGCGACGCGCUCCGCAGCGCGUGCCUCACACCACCACCCCUCAAGGUCUACUGCGGCUUCGACCCCACCGCGGAGUCCCUCCACCUCGGCAACCUCCUCGGCCUCAUCGUGCUCUCCUGGUUCCGUCGCUGCGGCCACCGCGCCGUCGCGCUCAUUGGCGGAGCCACCGCGCGAGUCGGUGACCCCUCCGGGAAAUCCCUCGAAAGACCCGAACUUGAUGCCGAAACCUUGGAGAGGAACCAAAUGGGUAUCUCGAACACCAUUCAUGAGAUUCUGGGUCGCGCUCAAAAUUCGAACUUGGUGGGUCCCGAUUCUGAUUCUUCUGUUGUCAUUCUGAACAACUAUAAUUGGUGGAAGGAGUUUAGUUUGUUGGAUUUUUUGAAAAGGGUGGGUAGGUUUGCUAGGGUGGGGUCAAUGAUGGCUAAGGAGAGUGUUAGAAAGAGGUUGGAAUCUGAACAAGGGAUGAGUUACACUGAGUUUACUUAUCAGUUGUUGCAGGGCUAUGAUUUCUUGCACUUGUUUCAGAAUGAGGGUGUUAGUGUUCAGAUUGGGGGGAGUGACCAAUGGGGUAAUAUAACUGCUGGGACUGAGUUGAUUAGGAAGAUUUUGCAAGUGGAAGGUGCUUAUGGUUUGACAUUCCCUCUUCUUUUGAAGAAUGACGGCACAAAGUUUGGAAAGUCCGAGGAUGGCGCCAUUUGGUUGUCUCCAACGUUUUUGUCUCCAUACAAGUUUUACCAGUAUUUUUUUAGUGUGCCUGAUGAUGAUGUUAUUAGGUUUUUGAAGAUUCUUACCUUUUUGGACAUUGAGGAGAUAGUUUCCUUGGAGGGGGAGAUGGGGAAGCCAGGCUAUGUCCCUAACACUGCUCAGCGGAGGCUUGCAGAGGAAGUUACGCGGUUUGUUCAUGGAGAGGAUGGUUUGGCUGAGGCUCUUAAAGCCACUGAAGCAUUGAGGCCGGGGUCUGAGACAAAGUUGGACUGGAAAACCAUAGAGGGGAUUGCUGAGGAUGUGCCAUCUUGUUCUUUGGCCUAUGAUGCAGUUUUGAAUCUGUCGUUGGUGGAUCUUUCAGUCUCUUCUGGUUUGUUUGAGAGUAAAUCUGCUGCAAGGCGGUUGUUGAAGCAAGGAGGGCUUUACUUGAAUAAUAACAGAGUGGAUAGUGAAAGUAAGAGGAUUGAGGCUGCGGAUAUAGUGGAUGGGAAAGUUCUCCUGUUAUCAGCUGGCAAAAAGAAUAAGGUGCUGGUGAGAAUAGCUUGAGAGUAUUUAUUGGAUAGGAUAUUCUUUGGAGACUAUCAUUUGAUCUGGUUUUGUUGUAUUCUUAAGAAACUUUUGAUUUUCUUGCUACACGGAAGCUUCGAAGUUACCUAUGGAAUUUCAACCAAUUUGGCUUUACAAUCCCAUGAUGACAUAUCCAUGCAUUCAUUAGGGACAAAAAUUAGAUGCAUUUCUUUAAGUGUUCUCCAAUUGGAAUUAGAGUUUCUUCUCGGUAA